AUGCCUAAGAUUUCUACACUAAAUGCAAUUAAUGUCAAGAUAAUUUCUUCUUGGCAUUCUGAGACUUUGAAUCGAUAGAUGGGCAUUCUAUUGACUAAACUUACUGCAUUAGUGAUUGCAAAUUGGCUCAAUCAUUUUAAAUAGGAGAUCCCUCAUCAGGAAUUUGUUUAAGCUGCCAUAACUUACAAUAUUGCUAAGAAUGCUCUGUCAUUCAGCCCUAAAACUGUACUUAAUGCCCCAACCUCAAAUAUACAAAUUAGAGUUGCUGAAUGUACUAUGUUGGCUGCAAAAAAUUUGCCUGCAUAAAUGGAUAUGUUAAGGAUAAUCUAUGUGUUUCUAAUUGUGGGAUGGGAUAUUUUGGGAAGUCUAUUUUUAAUGAAAGAGGCUAGUUAGAGUAGUCAAUAUGUCUAUAAUGCUCAGAAUAAUGUUUUGAAUGUAUAGACUAAAAUUAUUGUAUAUCAUUGUUUAACAAAGAUUGAGGAAGAAUUCGAAACUAAAAUCUAUGUCAACUCUUAUAUGCAAUUGAAAUAACUCUCAGAUGAAGAGAUUGGUUCAUAUAAUAAUGCUAUGCAUAAUAUCUAAGAUGCGAUAUCAAGAGCCUAAGAAUUAGGGGCAAAGUACAUAAAUGCAACAGUACAUAUUAUUUUGAAAUCAAAUGAAAAUUAAAAUCAUGCUAUGCUAAGAUCUGUAAUGAAUUUCUAUCAUCCGAAACUAUAUGAUUAAUACUAGCAGUCUACUAAAAUCAUAAUAGAUACUGAAGAUGAAAAACCACAAUUAGUUUUAUACAAAAUGAGAGACAAAUGGAAGUUUAAUGUUGGAGGUGGUUUAACUAUCAGAAAUAUCGUGUUUGAUGCAGCAGAUUCAUAUUUAACUCCUGAUUAAGAUUAAGGUUACUGUCUUUAAAACGGCCUAUUCAGCUGCUCAUUGAAUAUUGUGAAAUUCCAAGUUUCGAAUGUAGUUUUCAAGAAUUUUAUCUACAAUUUCAACAGCUUGAUUCAACUGAAUGAUCAGAGUGGGAUAAUUUAACUGGAUUAGGUUACUUUUGAAAACAUUAACUCAUGUGGUUCAAUAAUUGGGAAUAAAAGGCCGAAGACCUACUCACAAAAUUCUUAAGAUUUUGAUGAGCCUUGUUUUUCCAUUGUGAUAACUAAUUCAAGCUUCUUAAGCAUCGGCUAAUAUAAGAAAAGCUUAACUUCCUUAUAUGUUAAUUCGUCCACUUAGCAACAAUACUAUGGAAGUAUUUUAGAUCUUGAAGAUUUCAGAGGUGAUGUAAUAAUUACUGCAAGCAAUUUCACUUAAAAUUAAGUAAAAUAUGAAGGAUGUUAAGCCUCUGAGUAUAUAUUUUAUGAUUACGAUCCACAAUUGACCGAUUAAUAUCCUAGUCUUGAUUAAUUCUAUAAGCUUGAAUUGUUGAUUUAAGACUAAAAAUAAGACGGAUAUUGUUCAGGAUUUCAUUUGAUUUAAAACACAUUUGAAUAAAAUCUAGGUUGUCCGCUUUAUUCAGGAGGACUUGUAAGAUAUUAAUGUCUUGAGAAGAAUUAAAAACCGCUUUAAGGAAAUGAAAGCUAUUAAACCCCCACUAUGCCUACUAUGAACUUGGAUUUGAUAGAAUUCGAAUGGAUAGAGAAAUAAAUUAACACCUUGAUGUAUAAAGAUAAUCUCAUUGAAUAUGAUACAAGCAUCAAUUCUUUUAAAUCAAACGUCUACUAGGAAAACUAUGGUACAGGUGGAAAAGGCCUUAUAAGUAUUUAUGCAAGUUUAAGAUUGAUUUUUGCUGAUGAAAUUUUCAAUAAAAACGGUGAGUCUUGUGACGAAAUCUUGAGUUCCUAUCCCUUUAAUUAAACCUUUAAUGAUUACUCAUCAAACUAUUUAAGCUUUGUAAAAGUGACAAAUGAGUUCAUUGAUUAACAAAAAAUAUAUGAAAAAUAGGCUUUAUUAAUGAGGUCUUUAUAUCUUAUAGAAGGUUCAUCUUAUGUAGAAAUUGACUCAAUUAUUGCUUAAGAAAAUUGGAUGCUUGAGAUCGACUUUUUAAAUACGAGAUCUCAAAUAAUUGCUCUUGAUUAUUUUUGGGGAUAACUUUUAUUUAACAAACUUUAAAUUUCCAACUAAUAAGGUUAUCAGAUAAUAGCUUCACAGUUUAAGAAUUUAAAAACUACUGAUAUAAGGCAUUUUGCUUUUAUUCACCCUGUAAUAUCUUACUCUAAUAACGUUUAAGUAUUGCUUUUGAGUUAUUUCCUGGAAGAAUUUAAUUUAUAUUAAAGCAGAUUUGCUAAAGUUAACAGCAAUCCGGGUUAUCCAUUUUUGCUAGAUCUAAAUCAAAAUAUGCAAUUUUAAACUCCAGCUCACUUGAUAAUAAGGAACGUCUAUAUUGAUACAUUCGAUUGCAUACUAUGUGACAGAGCUUUGUUUAAUAUAAGGGCUGAUAAAAUUAGUUUAAUUGGUGUGACAGUUAAAAAUGUAGGGUCAUUUUAUUCAUCUCCAAACUUUGACAGUAGUGGAUUCAUUGAAAUCAAAGCACUUAAAUCAAUUAAAAUACAGAGUUUGUAGGCUACAGGGAUAUUGUAAAGUUCAGUUAGCAACCUUGAAAAAGCUGCUGCUCUAAUAUUUGCAGAAAACCUACCAGCAGAUUUUGAGUUUCAACUCUCAUCAUCACUAAUUACCUUGGUGAAAAACGAUUUCAACGGAAAUGUAUAUUCACAGGUAUAGUCGAAUGGAGUAUUUUACUGUAAAAAUUGUGAAAUUCAAUAAUUUGAAAGCAAUUAAUUUCUGGAUAUAACUGCCGUCAACGGAGGAGUUCUAUACGUUGAAAAUCCUGUAGAGAUGGAUUAUGUAUUGGUUAAUUUCAAUCGAGAUUAAUCAAAAGUUUAAGUGGAUCAAUAAGGCUACUAUAUUUGUGCUAAUCAAACAUCCACUAUAGAUUAACAAGUUGAUGGAAUAAAUAUAUCGAUAAAGAUUGUAAAUGCGAAUUCAUUUGAAAAGGGAUUCAUAGCUUAAGGCGCUAUAUUGCAAGUACUGCAUCCAGUUUCAAAUGUUUAAAUUCUUAUCUAAGACUCGUUCAUCUAAAAUUAUGAAACAUCAAUAAAUGGACUAAAUCUUAAUGGGACUUUGCUUUAUGGAAAAGCGCUUAAUUCUAUUCAAGUGACUAUCCAGAAUUCAACUAUAUCUAGUAUAACUAAUUACUAAAAUUCAGGAGCCUUAAUGUAUUUAAAUGCAAAACAAAUAGAUGUUAAGAUAAUUGGCUCAAAAUUUGAAUACAUAUAGUCUAAAAGCACUGGAACAUUAUCAGUUUUAGUUGCUUCAGAAUAAGCUAAUGUAUUGAUAGACAAUUCUGCCUUUUUGCAAUUUGGUCAGGAAAGAACAGAUGAUGGAGGAGUAUUUCUAUUUGAAGGUAAAAGAGCUGAACUUAUAAUACUUAAUCAAACUUACUUUGAAAAUAUUUUGUCAAUGAAUUAAGGAGGUAUAGCAUAUUAUGAGACAGAAUAAUGCAACUUAACGAUAAAAGACUCACAAUUCUAAAAUAUCUAUUGGAUUUCGGAUGGUGGUGGUUUUGUUCAUAUGAAGGGACUUUACAAUUAAGUAUAUCUGUUUAACGUGCAGCUAUAUUAGUAUUAUCAACAAUAACAAAUGAUAGAAAUAGGAUAAAUCUAUAUGGGCGGCUUGAAUGAAAAUUUAAUCACUAUUAGGCAAUCUAGAUUUCUAAAUUUACUUCAUUUAUAUCAAGGAGGAUUGGUAUAUCUAAAUGGGAAAAUAUAAUAAAUAGAGUUUGACCAAGUUUAUAUAGAAAAUAAUACAUGGCAGGGUGAGGCUUAACCCAAAUUAGGAGGAGUAAUAUAUUCAUCAUAUAACACUAGAAACUUCACAUUAGACUGCAAAAAUAGCACCUUUAAACAAGUGAGUUCUUCUUAGCAUGGCUCAUUUUUAUACAUAGAUCCAUUAGCCUAACCUUAAAUUGAUAUAAACUUGGUGGGAAAUUACUUCUAGAUUGCAUAGCUUGACGAAGGAUACGAGAAUUACUAUAUUUAUAUGAAGAUUUUAAAUUUCAAUCUUUUAUUUGCAAAUGGAUACUUAGUUGGAGGAUUGUUCUACAUUUAAAAUGGUUAAGGAUCUCUAUAUACUGAGGAGAAUUAGUUUUAAGCCAUUUUAGCAACAAAGCUUGCCUCUGUAUAUUAUUUACCCUAAAACUUCUAAAUAAAUGAUAAGAAAUCUUUCUAUGUCUAGUGUGAAGGAGAAUAUGGAAUUUUCUUCUGCAAUAAUUGUUCUUUAGUAUUAGAGGAGAUUACAGUAAUUAAUUGGUAAGGAAAAAUGGGAGCAUUAAUCACUAUGAUAGACUAGGCAAAUGUGCUUAUAUAUAAUUCUAUACUAAAGUUUGGGCAAGUGAGAAAUAAAGGAUCAAUAUUUGCAAAUGGAACUGGUAACUCUUAGUUAAAAAUAAUUAGCACGAUUAUCAAUCAAGUCGAAUCCUAGGGAGAUGGAAGCUUGAUUUUCGCUGAUAAUCCAGAUUUGAGCAUAUCAAUAGACAAUGUAACUUUUAUAUAAAUCUUAGCAGCUCAAUUUGGAAGUAUCAUCUAUGCAUAAUAGGCUAAAAAUAUAAAAAUAUCGAAUUCCACUGCCACAUUGCCAUUUUUAGGAACUACAUAAGGCAAUAUGAUUUACAGUAGGCAUAAAAACAUUACUAUUUAGCUUGAUAACAACUAUUUUGAAGGUCAACAAGAGCAAAAUUAUGGAUAAAUAAAGUACUAAUUUGAAAUAGGUACAGGCACGCUUAUGGUAUCAUAAAUAAAUAUAGCUAAUGCUAAGGGUAUUUAUUCGUAAAACAAUACUUUCAAGAAUUUUUAUUAUGCGUUUUCAGGAAGUAUAUAUUCGAUUCAGGAUACACAGGAAUUUAUUGAUCAAGGAUCCAGUUAUAUAUUCUAAGCAGGUAUAAGAGGAGGUGUUUUUGAAAUGAUGAAUAUCACUCAGAUUUUACUAUAAGAUUCAAUUUUUGAAAAUUCUACAGCAGAUAGAGGUGGAAUUUUCUACAUGAGCGACAAUUUUAAUACAAGCAUUAUGAAUUGCUCAUUUAAAGAUGUCAUAGUUAGUCAAGAUGGAGGUCUCAUGUAUGCAACUAGUUUUGAUCAUCUUUAUACUAAGUCUUUCCUUACUAUUUAAGGGUAAAAUUAAGAGCUUUAAAAUUUCAUAUCUAAUGGGAAUGGAGCAUUACUUUAUAUUGAUGAUCCAAGCUUAGAAGUGAUAAUGUCAGAUUACAAGGCAUCUAAUUUUAAAGCGAGUUAAUAAGGAGGACUUAUCUUUGUAGAAUAGGCUAAUUCAGUAACAUUAUUAAAUAUAGAUGUAUAAGUUAUCUAGGCGCUAAUUAGUGGUUCAGUAAUGCAUUCAAUCUAUCCAGAUGUAAAGAUAAAAAUUUAGAAUUGCAUUUUUAUUCAGAGUUUUGAUGAUGGAUAUAAUAAGACAUAGAUAAAAUAAGAUUUCUCAAAUAGUCUAUUUGAUCCAACAUCAGGUACAGGAGGAGCAUUCUAUUUCUUAAACAUCAUUAGCUUGAUUAAGACAAGCAACGUUACAAUACGAAACUUUCAUAAUGUAUACUAAGGAGGAGUAUUUUAUCUAGAAAACUCUUCACUUUAAGAUGCUGGCUCUAACUAUCAGUAGAAUUUUGCUUAUUAAGGAGGGUUUGCUUAUUGCAAAGACUGUUCUAUUACAGUAUUUUUCUCUAAAUUUGAUAAUCAAUCAGGAAUAUUUGGUGGUGUUAUCUAUUCCUAAAUAAAAUCUCAAAUCAAAUUUUAUCAAUCAAAUUUUACAAAUACAUAUGUGAUUUAUGCAGGUGGGUUCCUUUAUGCCUAGAAUUCUUUUCAGGAAUUUGAAAAUAUUGAAAAUUAAGACUCAGUAAUUUAAUUCUAUGGUAAUACCAAGAUAUCAAACUUUUAGAGUGAUGGAUAUUCUGCAGGAUUUCAUUUGGAAAACCCAUUUAAAAUUUUUAUGAAUAAUUCAAUGAUAACUUUUGAGAAUAUUAAAUCUGUACUAGAUGGAAAUAUCUUUUUCGUUUAAAGUGCUUGCAGAAUUUAUAUUGAUGGUAUUAUUGCAAGAGAUAUUAAAUCCUCUGAAGGUCAAGGAUCAUUUUUAUACUCAACUGAUCCAGAUGUAGAAAUCAUAAUUAAAAAUACUGAAAUUAAUUGUUAAAAUAAUGAAUAAAUAGAGAUAGAAAGAGAUUACUUUGCUUCGAACUAGAUAUUAAGAGGAAGUGCUAUUUUCUUUUAAUUUAGUGAUAUUCCAUUAGUCUCAGAAAAUAAUAACUUUAAAUACUGUGAAAAUGUUUAUCAAGGAGGGAUAUUUAAACUAUCAUAAUCAGAAUUGCAAGAUUUGAAUUCUAAAUAUAGUUAUAGUUCAGCUUAGCAAGGUGGUGCUAUUUACUGUUAUCGAUGUAGAUUAAAUAUAACAGGUGGAAAUUUCACUAACUAGCUAGCAUAAGAAGGAUCUGCUAUAUAUUUAAAAGAAUAUGAUUCAUCACUGCAAAAUACAUUAGGUAUAAAUUUAAGAUUCAAUAAUUAAGAGCAGCUCUUGUCUAAAUAUGAUAUUGAGGAAAAAUGUGGAGGCACUAUCACAUUUUAAGAAGAUUCGGAUUUACUAGGAGAGCUAAUUUUUUCCAUUAAGGAAGUUCAAGCUAGGAAUCUAACAUGUGAAACUUAUGGAGCAUUUAUUUGCAGCAAUUAAGAAUUUCUCACACUUGAAAUUGACAACAUUAAUAUCACAUAAUCAAAGGCCUAAAAAUCGGGAGGCGUUAUUCACUUAAGAAACAUUAAUAGCUUAACUAUUGAGAAUUCUUAUUUUGUAAAUUUUUAAGCUAUUUUAGGCAGCUUUUUAUCUACUGAUUAAAAUGGUGUAUAUGUCACUCUGAAUCUCUAAAAUAAUACUCUUAUUUAGUAAAAUUAUGAUUUGACAGAUGAAAACUGGGAUUUCUUUAUUGGUGAUACAGCUGGAAUGAUGUAUUUAUAUUGA